AUGAACGGAGUUAGCUUGGUGAUAACAAAACCUUGCUGUCCGAUGUAUAAUUUUGGUACAAGUAGAAAGAUUGACUUAAUCCCAUGUCGAUUAUCAAGCUUGCAUCUUCAAAGAAUUUCUCUUCCUAUAGCAACUACAUGUAUGUUGCAACAUCGCGCAUAUUCAGUAUCUGCUGUUAAAGAUGGAAAGGGUGGUUCGAGAUCUGAAGUAGCUAAGGGUAGUGGUGUUCUGUUACUGUAUUCCUUACUUCGUGUUGGUAUCAUUGGUAUAGCUUUUGCUAAACACCGGGAGUUUGUUACACAAUCUAUUUCGACUACGGGAAGGAUUGGACAAAUUUUGAAAUCAAGUGCUCGUUACCUAGUGAUUCUGGCUCUUUUUGUAGCUACACGCUUUCUAGACCAUAUCAUGUAUUGGUUUGUAGUAUUACUAUUUCACAAACCCUUUUCGAUUGGAGAUAUACUAGAAGUUGGAUCUGGGAAAGGUCAAGUUAUUGAGAUGGGACUCAUAACCACCUCAUUGCUUAGUGCAGACAAUGUUCCUAUACUAGUUCCAAAUCCCAUGUUUUCUAGUGAGAUUAUUGUGAACUCAAGUUAUGGUUGGUGUGCAAUGAAGUCCAAGAUUUUUAUUAGAGUUGAUGGGAAUGAGAAGAUCCUAAAGAUGUUAGAAGAAAUCAAAAACAUGGUGAAAUCUAACUCAAACAUUUACUUGGAGGGAGAGCAGCCCUAUUGUUGGCCGCCUAAGGAGGAAAAAAAUUGUGUAGUGCUUAAUUUUGGAUGCAAUCUAAAACAGAUGUCUGAAGACAAGUUGCAUUUAGCAAAGCAGGAAGUUCUUAUGGAGUUAGCUCAGAUAAUCAAGAAGCACAGGGCCUCAACAAUUACGUGCACGGGGAAGUAA